AUGCUAUGCAUUUCAUCAUUCUGUGGCAUUUGGAUCAAUAGGCCCACUACGGGCAGCGACGACAUCAAGCUGUCCGCAUGUGAGGUUAUUUUCGAUUUUUCACUUGUGUUUUCGUUGACCAUACUAAGCUCUCUUUUCAUGCUGCAAUAUAAAGCAGAUGCAGAAGUGCUUUCGCUCACAAAGAUGUCGAUACUUGAAGGAAUCUUUACUUUUUUUUCUCAAUAUACUAAAUACAACAAGCGACGACCCCUGUAUAGUUCCCUUUAUUACGCAAGAACCUCGAUCACUGCCAAAAGCAAAAACUACCUCCCACCACCGACAAAAAAAAUAACACCACCUCCCUGGAUGCUUCUUGUUUAAAAAAAUGCUGAACCGAUGAAAAUAUUAACCCUGGACACGACCCCGUAUCUCGUUUCACUUAUCCUUUUGGUUACCUUCCUCUGGCGCAGCCUGCUUCGAAUAGAAGCGGUAUGUUAUCGGCGGCAACUGGCUAGGACAGUACAACCCAGUACUUUCUUGCAGUUGUCGCGGAGGACAUAAAGACUACUGUCUACUUCCCCGGGCAAUUAUUGAGGCAGACACCAACUGGCGACCUGCUCUACUUGUCGUUUUUUUUUUAAAGAAUGCAUUUCAAAUAAAGUAUCACGGCCGCCGAAAAAUGAAUUGCCAUUGUCCUCUCGCUGCAACGAAAUUCUAGUACACCAGGAAAGAACUGCGGGAAAGACGUUGCAUCGACGGCAAUGGCGACACUCACUUUUUUGCAGCAUCAAUUCAUUGCGUUUUGCACUCUUGGGCAUGUUGUGCAAGAUGUUAACAGCUGGGAUAGGAUGUUGGCUAGACAAUUCGAAAUAGGAACAUGUAGCGGACGACCUGUGAUGUUGGUGCUGCGCCCGCCCGAGGCGUGGAAGAGCAUCAACACAGCAGGAGCGUGGAGGAUUUUACAAGAAAGCCAAAUGUACUACCACUUACAAUUAUGCGCGUAGAGCUUUACAACUGGGCACUACUGGAAUUGUGAAGAGACUUAUGAUAACACGUGUAUCAGUUGCACAGUGAAAACAAAGUUGUAAGAACAUUGCUUGACGAGGAAGAUGGGUCCUCUACCACCAGCGUGUCCUUUCUCAAGAAAAAAAGUAUGAGAAACAUUCACCGCAGAUCGAAUCGCAUUUUUUUCCCAUCUGGCCACAACUUGAACUUGUUGAGGCUCCUUCUGUUUUACGAAUUGACUCAUGCUAGCAACAAUCGUCGGAGUAAUUCUUUAGAAGCGGAAAAGUGGCGCUGCACUAGGUUUUGUUAUUUCUUUCCCCGCACUUAGACUUAAGGAAAUGAAAAAGAAAAUCAAGUUACAAGAACAUCACGAGCGUCUUCGUGGAAGCGACGCUAGAUACGGAUGAGAAAUAAAGCAGGGGAAGCAAAUAUAAAUAUGAACCUGGACGACGACUUUAUGAUGCUUUAUGAAUUAUCCGUUGAUCGUGCAGUAGUGUUUACUAGUUCUGGAAAAAGUUGUGAUUUUGAUCUGUGUGGAAAGAUUUGGCACGACCAUCAGGGAGGAUUGAUUGUUAUCAAAUUAUAUAUGUUUUGAUGAAGAAGUAAAUUCUUACAGUUCUCUUUCUCUACAUCGGCGACAUGCAGUAAGCCACUUUAGAACUGCUUCGAUACAACUGCAUCGCGGCUCCGUCUUCCAUCGUAGCGCCGGAAUAUAUCAUGAUGAUGAUAUGUUUCGUCCGGGGACGAACAGAACAGCAAGCAUGGAACGGCCUGCUUGCAAGAACGCGCGGUCUGUUGACAAACUCACCUACCGGCCGGUAGUAGUAUGCCAUGCGGAUCUAAUAGGCUUAUUGUGAAUAAUUUACUAUAUCAAUAGAGGGAAUAAACGAAGCGAAGCAGAAGUUUUGUCUAUCUGUGUCAGCACGACGUCGAGAGGUUUUUUGGCUACGAACUCAAUACCAUUCUGAUCCUCGGUUUACCAAAAAAAACUCCAACCUCAUCAUGAGUCAGCGAAAAGGAUUUUCAGUUCUUUGAUAUUGACACUUGUAAAGGCUUUUGACACUCCAUUACGUUUUGAAAUAUAGUACAAAAGUCUUCACCUACUCCUUCUACGAGAAGAAGUGUGUGGCCUCAAUAGCC